AUGGCUCUUGACAAGAACAAGCAACUUAUAAAAGGUGGCAAAAAGAAAGCCAAAGAAAAAGUGGUUGAUCCAUUUUCUAAAAAAGAUUGGUAUGAUGUAAAAGCACCUGCUAUGUUCAACAUAAGAGGUAUUUGGGAAAACACUAGUCAAGGAAGCAAAAUUGUGCCUGACAGCCUUAAGGGCCAUGUGUUUGAACCUAGCCUUGCAGAUCUGCCAAAUGAUGAAGUCACAUUAAGGAAGAAGAUGACGGAAAUCAUGAACCAGGAGGUGCAGACAAAUGCCUUUAAAGAAGUAGUCAAUAAACUAAUCCCACACAGCGUUGGGAAAGACAUAGAAAAGGCUUGCCAAUCUAUCUCCCCUCUCCAUGAUGUCUUCAUCAAAAAAGUAAAAAUGCUGAAGAAACCCAAGUUUGAAUUGGGAAAACUCAUGGAGUUUUAUGGUGAAGGAGGUAGCUCUGGAAAAACUACUGAGGGUGAGACAGGCGCCAAAGUUGAGCAAGCUGAUAGAUGUGAACCACCAAUCCAAGAAUAUGUUUAA